AUGUUCGGAUUCAAGCACACCAUGAACAAGCUUGAACACAACACUGUUGAUCGCAAACUUGUUCGGACCAGGUUAUAUGCCCGUCUACUGCAAGUAAAUGGUCCAGGGUAUCUCGAUAAACUAUUCCCCUUCCUACAGGCGAAGUUGCAUGCCGUGCUCCAAGACGAGGUUGAAAGAGGAAUUUCGCGCGAUGAUAAUCUAUUCAUUCCUGUGGCCCAGACGGCACGCCUACUAGCCUCGAAACUCAUGGCUUUCGUCUUCUAUGGGGAUUUGCUAGCUUCAGAUAAGGUAUUUUCCGAUGCUCUUCUGCGAUAUCCGAAAGAUAUGAUUAAGUGCAUGGCCGCGUUCCAAUUGACGCCUACUUUUGUAUCUCCGAUUAUGCACGCGAUUUUGACGAACCGUGGGGCGGCGAUGCACAUCAUUCAAGGCCGUCUGCAACAUAUCAUGGGUCCGGGUAAGAAGGCUUGGAACGAACCGAAGGGUACCAAAGAGCUUACCAUCCUCCACAAUAUGAUGGAAAUGACCGAAGACAGUGAUUACUGGGAACCGGAACUUUUGUCUCAGUCUUUGCUUGGAAUUUGGUUUGCUGCAUCACACCAACCGUGGAUGUUCUUGGACUUCGUGCUUCUCGAGCUGUGUGCUCAGCCCGAAGCUCAAUACUCGCUUCAAGAGGAGUUGGAUUCUCACGCGCCGUCGAGUUAUCAUGAGUUGGAAAGACUCCCUCUUCUCGACAUUGCAAUUCGUCGAAAAGCUUUAGAGCCAUACACGUUCUCCGGAGGAUCACCGUCAGUUCCUCAGAAUGGUACGGUGUGUGUUUCAGCGUAUAAUUUGAUGCAUGAUCCCCACCACUAUCCCGAACCAAACUCGUUCAAGGCCGCACGGUUCGUACCCAAGACCGCGAACGAUGGGCAGCAAAAAUUCACUGAAAUCUCCGAGAAAUACCCGGUUUGGGGAUAUGGAUCUCUUGCUUGCCCCGGCCGCUUUUAUGCCUCGUUGGUCAUGAAGCUCAUUGUCUCUCAAAUCCUCCUCCAAUACAACAUACGGCUCGAGAAUGAGAAGGCAAGGACAAAGUGGUGCUGGGAGAGUUUUACAAUGCCCUACGAGUCGACAAGAAUUGCGUUCCAGGAACGGCGUCGCUCGUAAAUUUGAC